GGCUUACUUCUUUGAGAGCAAAAACGCCUCCCCGCUGAGUGGAACACAGCCCCCCACCACUCCACAGCGCACGGAAAAGCAGAGAGGGGGGAUGAGGAUCAGGUGGGGAUGAUGUCUAUGAUCCGGGAGAAUGCAGCCCGAGUACCAUGGGCCGAUGAUGCCCCGGUAGGAGAGUUAUUUGAAGUGGGAAGACGCUGUUGAUGAUGAAAUGAGGGACAAUUUGAUGACUUGAAAUAUCUGGGCUCUCCUUGACAAAGGCGGCAAUUUGGUAUUUACUGUGAUCAUAUAGGAGAAUCUCACAUAUCCCAGCAAGCAAAGAUGGUCUCACAGACGGCACCGCCGCCGGGGGUCUUUGUCCCCGUCCCUACUUUCUUCAAGCCUGCUGCUGAUUCGAAUGAGCUCGCGGAACCUAGAGUCGAUAUCGAAACCCAGGUGGCUCACAGCGUAUUUCUCGCCAAAGCCGGUAUCACUGGACUGACCAUCCUCGGAUCAACGGGCGAGGCCAUCCAUCUCUCCCGGAAGGAAAGAUCCGACCUCGUUGCCGGUGUGCGGGCCGGGCUUAAAGAUGCUGGCUUUGACAAUUACCCGAUAAUGGCUGGGGUACUUACAAACGGCAUUUCUGAAACCCUCGACUGGUUGGAAGACUACGCAGCGGCCGGAGCUCAGUGGGGUUUGGUCCUGGCGCCUGGCUAUUUCGGAAAGGCUGUAAACCAAAGCAACCUUAUCGAAUGGUUUACGGCGGUCGCCGAUCGAAGCCCAUUGCCAAUUCUAAUAUACAACUAUCCGGGAGUUACAAAUGGGCUUAUCGCGGAGCCGGAUACAUACAGAGCGUUAGCUAAGCAUCCAAAAAUCGUCGGAUGCAAAAUGUCGCAUGGAGAUGUUUCUUACCAUGUCCAAGUAUCCCUUGACCCUCAAAUCGACCACAACAAUUUUCGUGUAUAUAGCGGCUUUGGGCAACAGCUGGGGCCGAUCGUUUUGUUUGGUGCCGCUGGUGUGAUCGACGGGUUGGCAGCAUUCUAUCCUAAGACUGUGGUCAGACUUAUGAAGCUUGCGAACCAGGGAUCUUUCCAGGAAGAUGUUUUACAAGAGAUUAGAAAACUGCAGUUCGCUGUUAGUCGCGCUGAGGAGUUUAUUGUUAGGUCUGGAAUCAUUGGCAUUCGAGAAGGCAUUAUUCGAAAAACUGGCCUGGGAGCAUUCGAGGGAGGUAGACUACCCCUGAAAGGCAGGCUACCUGAGGAAAAUUGGACCUCGUUGCAUCAGCUGUACUUAUCAGAUAUCGAACAGAUAGAGGCUACGUUGUAAAAUUAGAACCUUUGAUAGAAAAUCGAGCCAG